ACGUGCGUCUGCUCUGUUCUGCACCCACCACACUGCCGAAGGUUCAGUGUCAUAAGAACGGAUCUCCGUCAUCUCCUUUUAUUCUCCACGGUUCACCUCCUUGUCAGUUGUCACCCUUCAGGAGAAGAACAAUCAUGAAGCCUUCAACUCUGGCCGCCUUCCUACUGGUUCUGCUAUGCCUGUCUUACUUCCCUCAAGGAUCAAUGGCUGCUCCUGGAAUGUGCGGGCUGAAGUGCGGGAUGAGGUGCGCGAAGGCGGCGGUGAAGGAUCGCUGCCUAAAGUACUGCGGCAUCUGCUGUGCGGAGUGUAAGUGCGUGCCCUCCGGCACCUACGGCCACAAGGACGAGUGCCCUUGCUACAGGGACAAGAAGAGCGGCAAAGGGACGCCCAAGUGCCCUUGAACGGAUGCACAGUCAGAGGCAGAGAGAUCAGAGAGAGACGAUGUUUAGGUGGUGUUUGAUGGUGUCUUUAGACCAUAUAUGAAUAAAAACAUGGCUGUCGUCUUUUGGUAGCUUGAGUGUGAUCUUAAGCAGUUCGUGGCUUUUGGUUCCUGCAUGUUCUCUCAUUUUCUUUAGAACUUUUCUGUUGCUUUGUUCUUUUCCAUUCUACCAUCUGUCAGGUUCCUUUGUAUAAAGUAUUUAGAUCAGUGGUGUGAAACAGAGCUCUCUGGCUUUGCUACUGAAUUUUUUAUUUA